AUGCCGUGUCUCAGUUCACCGGUCACUCCCACUUCGUCGAAGACGUCGUCCUCUCCUCCGACGGCUAAUUCGCGCUUUCCGGAAGCUGGGACGGCGAGCUUCGCCUCUGGGAUCUCGCCGCAGGCGUCUCGACUCGCCGAUUCGUCGGACACACCAAAGACGUCCUCUCCGUGGCCUUCUCCUCUGGAACACUCUGGGGGAGUGUCGGCGUCGUGGGAUAAGACCGUGAAAGUUUGGAACUUGUCGAACUGUAAGCUGAGGUCGACUCUUGCUGGUCACACUGGGUAUGCUAGUACUGUGGCUGUGUCGCCUGAUGAUUCUUUGUGUGCUAGUGGAGGCAAAGACGGUGUUGUUUUGCUGUGGGAUUUGGCUGAGGGGAAGAAGCUUUACUCUCUUGAGGCCAACUCUGUGAUUCAUGCUCUUUGCUUUAGCCCGAAUAGGUACUGGCUUUGUGCUGCGAUUGAGCAGGGGAUUAAGAUUUGGGAUCUUGAGAGCAAGAAUGUUGUUGAGGACUUGAAGGUUGAUCUUAAGGCUGAGGCUGAGAAGUCUGAUGGAAGUGGUACUGCUGCCACCGAAAGAAAGGUACAAGUUUGA